UUUUAGGUAUGAAGUCGGCGGUCAACUCGUUUGUUUUCCUGCUUGUCUGCGCGCUGGCGCUCUGGACGAGACUUUACAAAAUAGAAGAGCCGCCACACGUAGCAUGGGACGAGACGCAUUUCGGAAAGCAUGCGAAUUUUUACCUCAACAGAACCUUCUUUUUCGACGUGCACCCGCCACUGGCAAAGAUGUUGAUAGCGAUGGCGGGGUAUAUGACUGGAUAUAAUGGCACUUUCCAGUUUGACAAACCCGGGGACAAAUAUGAAGAUCAUAAAUACGUCGGAAUGCGAACGUUUUGUGCCCUGAUCGGAUGUCUCGUCGUGCCGUCGGCGUAUCUGACUGUUUUCCUGCUCUCCGGAUCAGUGACUGCAUCAUUCGUUGCAUCUUUGGUCAUCAUUUUCGACACCGGAACAUUGACUCUCUCUCAGUACAUAUUACUGGAUUCUCCUCUUAUGUGUUUCAUCAUGCUGUCCACAUGCAGUUUAGCCGCCUUUCGAGUGUUCCAUCAAGACAAACACAGCCAUUUUUCAUUGGUCUGGUGGUUGUCGAUGGCUACAACAGGUUUCUUUCUAGCAUGUGCUAUCAGUGUGAAGUUUGUUGGGCUGUUUGUUAUCGUACUGGCCGGUAUCAACACAAUAGCAGAUUUGUGGGACCUUCUCGGUGAUCUCAAACUUACGAAGCUUCACUUAGCUCAACAUUUUGCUGCAAGAGCGUUGUGUCUCAUUCUCCUUCCUGCUGCUACGUAUCUGGCUUUCUUUGCAGUUCACUUCAGAAUCCUAAACAGAAGUGGGAAUGGAGAUGCAUUUUUCAGUUCUGCUUUCCAGUCGCAAUUGAUAGGAAAUGAACUUUACAACUGCUCGGUGCCAGAAUAUGUUGCUUACGGUUCUAUUGUUACUAUGAAGAAUCAUCGAGCGGGUGGAGGUCUAUUACACUCGCAUCCCCAUUUAUAUCCAGAGGGUGUAGGAAUAAUGCAGCAACAAAUCACCGCGUACUCUCACAAAGACGAGAACAAUAAGUUUCUUAUUAAACCGGCUCAACAAAACUUCUCGUUGGAAUUAAAUGCGUCGAGUCCAAUACAUUACGUGAAAAGUGGGGACAUAAUUGUAUUGGAACAUAUCAUGACGAGACGGAACUUACACAGUCAUGUGGUGCAAGCACCAUUAACGACAAGGCAUUUCCAGGUGACAGGUUACGGAGAGAAUGGAUCUGGUGAUGCAAACGACUUCUGGAUGAUCGAAGUAACCGGUGGAAGCAAGGGAGAUCGGAUUAAGACCGUGAGUAGUGUUGUACGACUGACACACGUCAGCAUCGGUUGUUCUCUACAUUCCCACGACAAGCAGCUACCGAAAUGGGGUUGGGAGCAAAUGGAAGUGACAUGCAAUCCUUCAUCUCGUGACCCAAACAAUCUAUGGAACAUCGAAGGAAACAUCAAUGAGAAACUUCCAAACGGUGAUAUCGACUUUUAUCGUCCCUCCUUCCUGGAAUCUGUUGUAGAAGCGCACAAAAUCAUGACACAAGUAAACAAUAAUCUGAAGCCGAAAGAGGGAGAAAUAACGUCACGACCUUGGGAAUGGCCAGUCAACUACAGAGGUCAACGAUUUUCGGGUGUUGGAGCAGACACAUUCCGUGUCUACCUGCUUGGAAAUCCAGUAUUGUUUUGGGGCAAUAUUGUCUGGCUUUUUGUCUUCAUGUUUCUCUAUGUCAUACGAGCCAUUUUCCUGCAGCGUGGAAAGCAGGAAUCCAAUGAUGUGAAAGCUUACAGAGACAAGAUGAGCUAUGCUGCAGUUUGGCUGUUUGCUGGCUGGGCAUUGCAUUAUCUGCCAUUCUACCUGAUGGGUCGUGUCCUCUACUUUCAUCACUAUUUCCCCGCUUUUCUUUAUAGUUCUAUGUUGACUGGUGUUGUUGUCGAAUUUGUGCUACAGUCUGCUAGUCAAUUAUUGUCGUCUGGUGACUGGCAACGUGAGGUUGUUCUCUACAGUAGUGGACUUUUGGGGUUGACUACUGUUAUUCUUACAAGCUUCUACCUUUUCCGCGGCUUGUCCUAUGGAAUGGAAGGCCCACUCAGUGACAACGAAAAUAGCACAAUGUACGGCCUCAAAUGGCUCGAUUCUUGGGAAUUUUGAAUCUAGUACAACUAUACGUGUAAAAGUUUA